AUGCUUGAAUCAGAUAAUAUGAAUUCGACUGAAAGAAAUAGAGUUUUAAUUCGGAGUGUCCCUGUCCCUGACUCUCCUUAUAAUGAUGUAUGAAAGCGUGCACGAUUCAAAUUGCAAGUAAUUUUUAUCUUAUCUUCCCCCUCCGUGAGCGAACAAAACCAUUAGAAAAAUGGUAUUUUUUUCCCAAAAACCCAUCCUCCAUGAGCAAAAAUAUUUUUAUGAAAAAAAAAAAAUUGAUAUGUAUAAUAAUUAUUAUAAGAAAUCUCUAGCUAAUUCUGCUUAAUUUUAAACAGCUUGCAUUUUAAAUAUAAAGUUUGCAAAUUGAUUUAAUUUUGCUUCUCAAUUUUUAUAUUAAAAACAAAAAUUAGCCCCUCUGUGGGCCAAAAAAAUUGUGUUCUCUCACGGAGGGAGCGUGUAAGAGCUUUAUCUAAGCAUGUGCAUUUAUACGGACAUCUAUCUUCUCCAAAAAUAACUGAUAGAAUAUGCUAUUUGCAUUAUUUUUUUGGUUUUAUUCAAGAUAAUAACAAACAUAUUUUGUGUUGAAAACAAUUAUUGCUUUUAGAAAUAUACCAAGAAAAGCACGAGAUAAAUAUAGUAUUCUCAAUAGAGCCAGAAAUUAAGGGGACUUUUACUAUGGAAGUUCAGGUAAAAGAACCACUACCGUUUUUGAUUAUUCAUCCAAAUAUCAAAGCAAAAAUUAUAUGAAAUAUAAUUAUAGCGAUUUGCUUAAUUUAUUGUGUUACAAUAAUGCCGUUUUCUAUGGCAUUUUAUGAGACUAAUGGCUAUGAUGUGUGAUUCUUUAUUGAUAUGACGUUGAAUGGGCUGUUUUUUAUAGAUAUACUAGUACAGUUUUGUAGCGCAUACUAUGAUGAAGAUGGAACACUUGUGACAUCAAGAUUUAUUCUUUCUAAUUAAAAUAGCUUAUCAACAUAAAAAUAUAAAUUUCUAUUUUAUUUCAAAAACGGCUAAUGACUAAACAAUUUUUAACUUCCCCUCCUGAGGAGUUGAUUUUUUUUAAAAAAUUUAUAUAUAAAUGCAUUGUAAAUUUUUUUUUCAAAAUUUAAAAAAUUCCAAUUCACAGCAUUUGGAAAGCAAAUAUUAAUUUAAUUUGUAAAGUUUACGUUUUAAAAUACAGCUGUUUAAAUUCACCAGAAUUAGCUAGAUAUUUCAUUACACUUAUUAUCACUUAUAUAUCAUAAUAUUUUUCUAAAAUUUUUAUAUAUUAAAACAAUUUUUUGUUCGGUGGCGGAGAGUGGGUUUUGAGCGAAAAAUAGCGUUUCUCCAAUGCUUUUGUUCGCUCAUUGAGGGGGACUAAGAAAGCCACCCUCUUUUGUAUAAAAUUAUUCUGAAAUAUUUGCUGGGUUGAUUUGCUAUAGAUGCUGUUUCUUGCAUUCCAUUUGGAUUAUUAGGAGUUGGUAGCCAAUCUGGAACCUCAAGCCAUAAUAGUAUGAUAAAGCUUCUACGGCUCCCAAAAUUAUACCGUUUAGCAAGAAUUACAAGAUUAGCUAAAAUGAUGAAGCAUUACAAACACAAUUAUAUUUUUGAAAUGCUUCAAGACUUUUUAAGCAUAAAGCAUACCGAAAUGCGCUUGUUUAAAUCAUUUUUUACUAUCAUGCUUUGUGUACAUAUUAUGGCCUGUGUAUGAUAUUAUUCUGCAAAAAUCCAAGGAUUUGACCCUGAUACAUGGGUGAGUAGAUGUGGUUAUCUGGAUUCUGAUAUUUCUACGCUUUAUAUUACAUCAAUCUAUUGAGCAAUAGCAACAGUUUGCAGUAUAGCCCAGGCCUCUUUUUCUCCAGAAAUCAAUUGGGGAGUAAAUUUUGCAUGCAUUUGUUGGUAAAAUCAGCUCCCCGAUUAAGGUCUGAAGACAUAAGAAUAGCCCAAGCCAAAAGGAGGCUCAGGAAAUAUAGGAUAUGGAGAUAUUACAGCAGUAACGGAUUUAGAAAUGAUUCUCUGUAUUUGUUGGAUGUUUUCGGGGCUUUAUUUUGUAUCAUUUACUGUUGGGAGCUUACUUCCAUUUAAAAUUUUUUUAUAUUAAAAUUAUAUUUAAAAACAUUUUUUAUAAUUUUAAUUCAAAUUUCGAGAAUACUAAUGUUUAAUAAUGAAAUUUAGAAUUUUAUAGAAAUCAACUAGAAUUCUAAUUAUUAAUUAUAUAGAAAAAAGUAUAUUAGAAAUUUUUGGUCUCUCUCAAAGGGGUUAAUUUUAUCAAAAAUAGGAUUUUUUCUUAUUAUUUUGCUCCCUUUUGAAGGGGAAGAGCUAGCAUCAAUGCUUGAUGGACUCAACACAAAAGAAAAUGUUCUUAACAAUAAAUUAGCAGUUAUUGAUGAAUUUGCUAUCGAGACCAAACUCAACAAAAAGCUUAAAUAUAAAUUACGGCAUGCAUUAAAAUAUUCUACAGAAAAAACUGGAUUUUCUUGAAUAGAUAAAAAUAGUAUAUUCAAUGAACUUCCUAAUUUCCCCCCUUCCAUAGCAAGCAUAUUUUUUUGCUAUCAGUAUAUUUUUAAGAAAAAUAAAUUUAAUUUAAAAAAAUUUAUAUAAACGUUUUUAUCAAAAAAAAAUUUUUGCUUACUGAUGGAAGGUGAAUACUUUUCCACAAAAAAAAAAGUUUUUAUCCAAUGCUUUUGCUCGUUCCCCAUUGAGGGGAAGUAAGCAUCUCCGAUAUGAAGUAGCGCUUGCCAUGCACCAUGGAGCUGUAAGAGACCUAAUACUUUUUCAAGAUAAAGACCCAGUAAUUGUUGCUUACAUUGUACCAUUUCUUCAGCCUAUGUUUGUGAAUUUUAAGGAUUUUAUUUACCAAAAAGACGAGUUCGCUGAAGAAAUUUAUUUUUUGACAAGGGGACGUGUAAGCUAUAUUUAUUGAGACCAAGCUGUUGUAUAUUCUGCGCAGAUAGGAACUUAUUUUGGAGAUAUCGAAGUAGUGUAUCAUAUCCCUAGAAAAUAUAGCGCCAAAGCUGUGAGAAGUUCUGAGUUAUUAAUUAUGGGCAAAAGCCUAAUAAAUACAGUGAGAAGGGAAUUUCCAGGGAUGUGGGACGAAAUGACUCAAACUGCUGAAGAACGAGAUGCAUUAAAUGAAAAAACUAUUCUUGAAAUUAAAGAAUGCAACUCCAUGUCAAAAGAAGGAAAAUUAUUUAUGAUUGAUCCUGCGAAUUUUAAAGAUAAAAUUGAAAAAAAAUUAAAAAUUAAAAAGGCUGAAGACAUUCAAAAAAGAAUCACUGAAAUUGGAUUUCAUAGAGUCUCUAAAUACCCCUUCUUGAACGAACUCAUUGGACGAUCCCUAUUUUUUGGUGAAAGCCCAUCCUUAAAGAACAAAGAAAAAAUUUUUUUGAAAAAAUAUAUUUUUAUUAAUAGUGAUAAUUAUUUAAAUGAAUUUCUAGCUAGUUCUCUCUUUAAUUUUAAUACAAAUUGCAUUUUUAAAACAUAAAUUUAAAAAUUAAAUUAAUAUUUGCUUUAAAAUUGGGAAAAAUUUCACUAUAAUAUUUAUGUAACCUCAUUCCGUGAACGAACAAAAUUAUUUUGUUCGCUCACAAGGAAGGAGCAAACAAAAGAAAUUAACCUUUGGAGAUCUUUAUGACAAAUUGGAAAAUGCGCAAGCUUAUUUGGGAAAUCUGGAGAAGUAUGUGAUGGAUUAUUCGAGGCUUUCAGGAUUAACUGUAGGUCAUUCGCCAUUACCUCGAAGAAAAAAAUCUCAGAGAGAUUCUAUUGGUGAUCAUUAUUCAUAUUUCGAGUCAGACGAAGAAAGCUUUAUUGAAGAUACAACUUUGUCUUUAGCCCCAGAGUAG